CCCUAGGGACUCAUCAGGCUGGGAGGGGUGUAGGGCAGUUCUGGUGCUCCUGCAUAAACCUGCUGUGACACAGGGCACUGCUCGGCUGUGACCCUGCCUUUCCUCCUCCCCCGGGGACACUCACGUGCAAGUUCAGGUCCGAGGAGACCCUGCAUCAAGCUGGGGCUGCAUGUAAACCUGGUGGGCCCCCUGCUCCUCCUCAACCUGGCCUUCCUGCUCAACAGCGGGCUCUCUGCUGGAACCCUGCCAGGGCCCUGCAAGGUCGUGGGCAGGUUCACCCACUACUGCCUGCUCUGCUGUUUCACCGGGAUGGCACUGGAGGGCUGUCACCUCUACCUUCUCUUUGUCAAGGUUCUUGGCUCCUACAUCCAUAACUACCUGGUGAAGCUGUGCCUGGUGGGCUGGGGCUUCCCCGCUCUUGUGGUGGGGGUGGCAGGAGCCAUCAGCAACUAUGGAGAAUACAGCAUCCAGACCAUGGACCACCAGGUCAUAGCCCGCCUGUGUUGGAUCACUUCCAAACAUCUUCUGGUUCACUACAUCACCAACUGUGGCUACUUUGGUUUCAUCUUCCUGUUCAACACAGCUGUUUUUGCGGUGGUGAUCCAGAAGAGCUGCAGUCUGCAGGGCACAGGGGUAGUACAGGGAGACCGCAAGGCCUGGAAGGUGGUCCUGGUGGCAAUGGGGCUCUUCUGCCUAAUGGGAGCCACCUGGACCCUGGCGUUCCUCACCCAUGGCACCUCCUCUGUGGCCAUGCUCCACCUCUUCACCAUCCUCAACUCCCUCCAAGGUCAGGGCUGGCUCCAAGCUGGGCAUCCUGGGCUCGGGUGGGGAAGAUGGAGGAGCAGGAACCAGCCUGGUAGCGGUUUGACUAGGGUUCCCAAGGCACCAACAUCUUCCCAGCACUUCCCUUUGGCAGGGAAACAGCAGGUCCCAGCCAACAGCAUGGAGCUGGUCAUGGCUCCCAACCACAUCCACUCCACUGUGGGUGGUUUUCCUCAAAGGAAGUAAUUUGUUAGCAGAGGAAGAGGGACAUUUUCCACCCAGGGCAUGAUCCAGCCAAAUGGCUCACCAUGAAUCGUGGGGAGACCCUCCUGCUAGAGUAGGAGUGAGCUGGGGGAACACCCUGAAAGUGGCAGGGAAGAGCCAGCAGCAUCCCAGCAGGAUGCUUCCCACUAUAUCCUGCUGCUGAGUGUCUGACUUCCUUUCCCUGCAGGAAUCUUCAUAUUCAUCUGGCUGGUUGUUCUCUACUACCCAAAGGCAAAGGAGACCAUUGGCUCCUUCUCCCACAUCAUCAGACCUGACAAAGCCACCACAGCCUCCCAGGACUAGCUGCUGGCUGCACCUACCUCCCUGCCUGCAUGUGCCCCUGCUGAGAGCAUGCCUCAAUUGCAAUAGGUGCAGCUUCCCACAGAGGAUGAGGGCUCAGUUUACCAUGCCUCAGUUUACCCUUCAGUGGGCAUAAUCCACUUUAGCAGUAGAUGCACUUUGCUUCAGUCAGCCUGCUGUGGGCAAGGAGUUCUGGAGACAUCCCUUCUGCCAAAGUCCCUCCAUGCUGCAGCUGCACCAAGGUCUUGAAGUGCCCCUGAUCUCCUUCUCCAGAGGCUCAUGUGGGGGCAAGGGUGGAACCCAUGAACCAUCUGCCUUCAGCCAGGAUGGGGCCAUCCUACUCUGUUAGAGAUGGCCUCUGGUGCUGGACCAGCUCAGUGGUGGGUUUUUCUGCUGUUGGAGGUGGGAUGAUUGAUUGACUCCAGCCCAGACUCAGGAGGUUCAGAUCUGGGAAUCAUCAGAAACAGAGAAAUCCCAUGAGGUUCUUUGUGAUACAUCCCCUCCAAACAGACUGAGGCUGAGCUCUUUGGGCAGGGAUCUGUUGAAUAUCCCUCCUUUCCCAACCAUUUCCAGGAAGUCACCAUGCUUCAGCUGAAUGUACACAUGGCCACUCCUCUUCUUUACCUCUGUUUUAGUACUAAACCUUUGUCAGCUUUCUGA